AGAACCAACACUUAUCUCUGCACUAUAGGGAAUAUUGGCACUUUACAUACCUCAUUCGCUAGCCACUUUAGACGGUACCUUUCGGAUUGCGAACGCGCCUCCUGAUGCAUCCCAUUCAGUUUGGAUGGAUAUUCUUCACGCUUCAAUUCGGACACCACCAAUUCACGCCCUUUUGCUAUAUGGUUGCGUGUGCUUGGGGUGCCUCAAACAAACUGAGGCUCUGGGCCAGAUGUCAUCUUUUGACACUUCAGAUCAGAAACUAGUACUUCUCGCCUCCUUACUAAGUCCUUACUACGUCCUAGUCACUGCUUGGAGUCCCUCCAGUAGCCACAAGAUGCGAGGAUGGAUGUCAUUUCCCGACACUUCAAAUUGGAUGCCACAACUUGCGCUGCUUGCCACAGGGUUGCCAGUGCUUGGAGUGCCUCAGCAGUUACAAAACUCAUGGGAGGGAUGCUAUUCCUCGACCCUUCAAAUCAGACCGUAUUGCUACGUUCUUGCCAAGGCUUGAUGCGCCCUGGACGAUUAUGAAAUGUCUACCUUGGAUGUCCUUUCUCAACUAUCUAAACUGGAACCGAGUAAUUCCCAACAUCUUGUCAUGUUCCUGCUAGCAAUUGACGUGUCUCACCAGUACACGACUUCAAAUCUAAAUGCCACUUCUUCGACACUUCAAAUUGGAACCUAGCAAGUGGCACCGUUUUACUACAUUCUUACCAGCGUCUGAAGUGCCUCAGACCGGUAUACGACUUCGCGCAU